AACGAAAUGUCCAACGAUUACUUCGCCAACUCAGCAUCCUCACGGUUCGGAGGUUGUUAAGGUUUGGAACCGCCUUUCUUUUGCUCACUCCCCCUUUUGCUUUCUGGUUCCUGAAACCGGCGGGGAAGAACAGCAGGCGACAUGGCGCAAGAGGCCGAGGCGAUCACGAACAAGCGAAAGGCCGGAAACGACUUCGUCGGCGAUGGAAGCGGCGACGGGGACGGCGCCGAAGGUGAUUUGCCGGCGAUGCCGGAGGUGCCCUCCUUGGGGGUCGAUCCCAAAUCGUCGGCCGAGGCCCCCGGUUCCUACCCUGAUCUUGUUGAUGUCUAUAUUGCCAGCUUGUCUGAUGGUCGGUACGGCGACUCCAAGCACCGGUUUGGAUAUAAGAACCCUUGCGUUGGAGACAAGGAACCUCUUUCCUUCUUAGCUGCUGAGAUUCGGUCAGGCGACCACAUCCUUCAGGAAAAGAUCAAGCUCCUUAACAAUAAAUAUGCCGCACUGAGGCGAAUACGGGGUGAUGGAAAUUGUUUCUAUCGAUGUUUUAUGUUCUCCUACCUGGAACAAAUUGUGGCAACACAAGACAAAGCUGAGGUUGAUCGUAUUCUUGCAAAUGUUGCAAUGUGUAGGAAGACACUACAAGUUCUUGGAGAUCCAGAUUUUAUGGUUGAUGAAUUCUUCUUCAUGUUCAUUAGCCUGCUGGAAAAUGUUCUGAACGAAAGCUGUCCUCCAAUAAGUCAUGAGGAGCUUCUGCAGAUAAGCCGUGAUGAAUCGUUCUCAGAUAACCUUGUUUUGUUCUUCAGAAUUGUUGCGUCUGGUGAAAUACGCAGAAGAGCAGCAUUUUUUGAACCAUUUAUUAUUGGCUUAGAGAAUACAAGCGUAGACCAGUUCUGCAAGGAGUCGGUGGAGAUGUUGGGGGAGGAAAGCAACCAUGUUCAGAUCGUAGCUUUAUCUGAUGCUUUGGGUGUGCCUAUAAGCGUGGAGUAUCUUGACCAGAACUCGUCCGACGGAGGUGCUCUUACUCCAAGUGACGUUGUGACUAAUGGGAGCAAUCCAAGUAGGACGUAUCUGUCAUCGACACCGCGGGUGAAGUUGCUGUGUCAUCUUGGCCACUACGAUGUUCUGUACCCCAAUUGCCAGUAGUGUUUAAUUUCUUACAGGCUUGAUUGCUUAUCGUGGCAAAUCGCGAGGCGCUUGCCAUUCCAAAUGUAUCAAAACAUUUGUAGCAAGCGAGUCUUUUGGGCGACUACUCGUAAAUGAUAAUCCACAUCCAACAUUCACGCA